AUGCCUUUGGUUUUCAAGAGAACCAGUAACAACAAUAAUACAUCAUCAUCUACCUCUAGUCAUCGUCCAAGGCCUAAAACUAACUCUCAGAAGAACCCUUCUAUCGGUUCCACCAAGUCCCCAACACCACCAUCGAGGUUUCCUUUAACAAGCCCCAAUAGAUCAGCUUCGUCGGGAAGAAGUUCACUGAUGAAACCGUCGAUACGAUCAUCAUCUACAGUGAGAGGAAUGGUUUGGGAAAGGUCUGUGUCCAAAAGUGAUGAUGAGGAUUCUGAGGAUGAUAAGCCUUUGAGAGCUAGGCUUAAAGGGUAUUCUAAUCAGCAUAACAAACAAGGGAGCUCUUCUACGCGUGGUAGCUCGCAGCUGCCAGUACAAUGGAGCAAUGUGAGGCCUCAGGGAGUGAAUGAUAACAGUAGAAAGAGAUAUUCUGAUGAGAAA